AUCGUCGCUAAAGGGCACCCAUCCUAGUUGCCAUUAAUAGGCUCUGCCAUUACCUGCGGCGGAGAGCCAAGAAAUGCGUUAGGGGCUUCCAAGGGAAGGAGUGCCGAUGGCCGAUGGCCAGCCGGCGCCGCCACGGCCGGUGGUGGUGGUGGCGAUGAAAGGCCACCCGGGGUCCGGCAAGUCCACGGCGGCGCGCGCCAUCGCGGCCGCGCUUGGUUGGCCGCUGCUGGACAAAGACGAUGUCAGGGACUGCACGCUGCCCCUCGAGGGCUUGGCUGCUGCAGGGAUCCUCAACGACCUCUCCUACGCCGUGCUGUGGCGGAUGGCUGAGCGCCAGGUACGGCUCGGUCUGUCUGUCGUCAUCGACUCCCCGCUGUCGCGCCGCGCUCACCUUGAUGCUCUGACACGCCUGGCUGGUGCGCUUGUCGUCGUCGUGGAGUGCCGCCCUGGUGAUAACGAGGAGUGGCGCCGGAGGCUGGAGAGCCGUGGGGCGGCUGUCCCAAAUGGUGGUGGCAGUGAUGGAUGGCAUAAGCCGAAGACGUGGGCCGAGCUGGAGAGGCUUCUGGAAGGGUACCAAGGCUGCACGGACUAUGAGAUUGGGGAUGUGCCGAGGAUUGUGGUGGAUACAACUGAUCCGGCGGUUGAUGCGCAGGCGAUAGCUGAGAAGGUUGUGGGUUUCAUUAGGUCCCUUCUUUCUUGUAGCCAAUCAUCUUGUGAGAGACAGGAUUCACCUGUCUGCUAUUGGAAACCAAAAUGUACAUUAACUUAAGUAUUAGGUAGAGUUUCAUUGCAAAAGGUCAAUCUGUUGUACUGUGAUGCUCAAAGUUCUUGUUUUUGUUUAUGGGUGUAGCCUAGAGGUUCUGUUAUUGUUGGGACUUGAAAAGGAUGUUGUUGUGUGAUCUAGAGGUUUAGUAAAAAGAUGUAAAAAGAUGCGCCUUUGUGUGGGGUUGUUCCUA